AUCUGCAUUUCAUACACUGCUCUUCAGUUUCCUCUUCUCAGGCUCCCAGACAUCUCCAAUGGCCAGCAAGCACAGCAUGCAGCUGAUCCUACCGGCACUGGUCUUUCUCGCGCUCGUCUCCGCCGUGGUUCCGGCCACGACGCACCUCCGGUUCUACAUGCACGACAUCGUGACGGCGGACGCGUCGAGCCCGGCGACGGCGGUGCGCGUCGUCAGGGGCGUGGCACCGCUGCCCAACGACCCCACCAACCGCUUCGGCGACAUGUACGCAAUCGACGACGCCCUGACGGAGGCGCCCGGCGCGUCGUCGCCGGUUGUCGGGCGGGCGCAGGGGUACUACCUCUUCGCGUCGCGCACUGACGCUGCCCUGCUGCUCAGCGCUAACAUGGUGUUCACGGCGGGGAAGCACAACGGCAGCGCCGUCGCCGUGUUCGCCAGGGACGCCAUCCUCGACACCGUCAGGGAGCUGCCGGUCGUCGGCGGCAGCGGCGCGUUCCGCGGGGCCACCGGGUACGGCCUGCUCCGGACGCACACCUUCAACGCCACCUCCAACAACGCCGUGCUCCAGAUCGACAUGUACCUCGACGUUUAGGCGCCAUGCACGUUGAUUUGUUUAGAUAUUUGCAUAUGCAUGCAUGCAAGUCCUAGUCCAGCCAUAUUUUGUCGCCAUCGGGAUAUUACUUCAUACCUUUUCUAAA